CGCACUCUGAGUAGCCGGGCUAUAAAGGGCACGACUGCUUUGGAACUAGGAUGACACUUCCAGAUGGUAGUGGCAACAGAGGGAAGGAUGGAAGCAUCCUAAAUUCCCCAACUGAGGCAAUUUUAUUUCAUCCCCAUGGAAUCAGCAAAUCAAACACAUGCUGCAGAAUUUCUCCUCCUGGGGUUUUCAGCAAAGUCGGAGACUCAGUUCAUGCUCUUUGGGCUGUUCCUGUGCGUAUACUUGGUCACGUUCACUGGGAACCUGCUCAUUAUCCUGGCCAUCUGCUCAGACCCCCGCCUCCACACCCCCAUGUACUUCUUUCUGGCCAACCUGUCCUUUGUAGACAUCUGUUUCACCUCCACCACCGUCCCCAAGAUGCUGUGGAACAUCCAGACUCAGAGUAAAGUUAUCACAUAUGCAGGAUGCCUCAGCCAGACAUUUUUUUUCUUUGUGUUUGGAUGCCUGGACAAUUUAGUCCUGACUGUGAUGGCCUAUGACCGCUUUGUGGCCAUCUGUCACCCCCUGCACUACUCGGUCAUCAUGAACCCCCAGCUCUGUGGGCUGCUGGCCUUGGGGUCCUGGUGCAUAAGUGUCAUGGGCUCCCUGCUUGAGACCUUAACUCUUUUGAGGCUGUCCUUCUGCACAAACAUGGACAUCCCACACUUUUUUUGUGAUCUUCCUGAAGUCCUGAAGCUCGCCUGUUCUGACACCUUCAUUAAUAACGUAGUGGUGUAUUUUGUGGUUAUUGUCCUAGGUGUUCUUCCUCUCUCUGGAAUCCUCUUUUCUUAUUCUCAGAUUUUCUCCUCCAUCCUGAGAAUUUCAUCAGCCAGGGGCAAGUACAAAGCCUUUUCCACGUGUGGGUCUCACCUCUCAGUGGUCUCCUUGUUCUAUGGCACAAGCCUUGGGGAAUACCUCAGUUCUGCAGCAACUUCAUCCACUAGGACGAGUCUGGUGGCCUCGGUGAUGUACACCAUUGUCACCCCCAUGCUGAACCCCUUCAUCUACAGCUUGAGGAACAGGGACAUGAAGGGGGCCCUGAGCAGGGUGGUGCCUCUCAGCAUCAGGACCAUCACAGGACUCUCCUGA